AUGGAUCCAAAGAUCAUCACACUCGGUUUGAAGGGCCUUUUUGCCGCCGUCGACCAUCCAUAUGCCGACAAGAUAAUGGAACCAUUCGGGCGGAAGUCACAAUCAGGCAGCUCCAAGAAAGAGUCCCCUAAACCCAAAAGCGAGCGCAAACCCAAGGAAGAGCCCCCAAAAGACCCCAGAAGAGAGCUUAGAAGUUCUCGGAGAAGCGACAGUCCUCGAAGAAGUCGGAGUCCAAAACGGGAUCCCGCCACUCGAUACAGACCUGAUCGAGGAUACGAGCGUGACAGAAAAGACGUACCAAAGAGACAAAUUGACCGUUACAAACGUCGAGAGACAGAUGGUCGGGAUGCUGUGACUUCGCGAAAGAGGUCGCUGGAUUCCAGAGAUAGACGCUCCUCGCCCUUACCCAAGAACAGGACGUCGACAUCGCAAUUCGUUACCACCAAGGGAGCCUUCUCGUUGAUGUACGUCGACAUUCCGCCAUAA